AGAGCAAAGGAGGGAUCCUCUCCAAAGCUUGCGACUACAUUCAGGAAUUAAGACAGAAUAACAUCCGUCUUUCCGAGGAACUGCAGGGCCUGGACCAGCUCCAGGUGGAUAACGGAGUCUUGCGACAACAGGUCGAGGAUCUGAAGAAUAAAAACCUGAUUUUGCGAGCGCAGCUCCGACAGCACGGCGUGGAGGUGAUCAUCAAGGAAUCCCACUGAACGAACACCCACCUACCGGCAGGGAGGGCCUCGCUCAAGACACGGACACCCACCGCCCCCCCCCCCUCUCUCGGGCACAGCAGGAAGCCGCGAUGCCCAGCUGCACCGGUGCUUCCAAGCCUUCCCUCCUCCCCCUCUUCUCUCUCUCUCUGGCGCCGGAUCGGAAUGCCGCAUCCCCUUCCUCGGGGCCAGGACUCUGCUGAGGACGUUCGACUUUGCCCUUCUGGGCUCAGCCUUUGGCUUGGCCCUUCGAUCUCUACAAAUGUACUGUUGGUUUGUAGGACCCUAAAAUGAUCCCUCCUCUCCCCCCUCUCCAAGUUGUGUUGACUCUCUCCCAGCCCUGCCGUUUUUGCUGAGCAUUGCCGCCCCCUCGCGCGCUUCCCCGGACGCCCCCUUGCAUGCAACCUCACGUAGUUCCCUUCCAGAGUCCCCUCCUCCCACCCGUGGCACAGAGGCCUCUGGGGAUCGUCCCCCCGCCCCUUCCCGGGCUCUUCUCCCGCCAAGCAAGGGGGUGGCGCUCUAGGCAGCCCCUCCUGCUUGCCCUCCAUUAGCCCAGCCUUCCUUCUCUCCUUGGAUAUGGACUCCGGGAAGGCCGACGCUCAACGCGCGUUUCCUCAUUGCAGAAAAGACGCGACUUUGCUCGCGGUGCAGAGUGCCAAGGACCGGAGCUGGUGCCGAGCGGUCACUGUCUUCCUCUCUCGAAGAUGAUGCAUCUAACGAUCAGCAUAGUAGUUCUCUCUCUCUCUUUUUCCAUAUAUAUAUAUAUACAUAUAUAUAUAUCUCCUGCGUUUUGGAUGAGAACAACAAAAAAGGAACCUAAUUAAAAAACUGCCUUGCUGGGUU